UUCACACUCCCUACAUCCUCCCAUCUUCCAUAGCUCCAAUCUUCACCGCCGCGUUUAACCACCCGCCUUCCGGCAGGAUCCUCGUAUACCCCAAGAUUCGAUUCCGCCGCAGAUUUUCAUCACUUCAUCUUCUUCUUCUCUUCUCCCCUCUCUCUCCUUUAUAUAUACAUAACCUGCGCAAGCUUGUGCUCCUAUGCUUGUGCUUUCACAGCACCAGCAAGCUAGCAAGUAAGCCGUCGCAUACGGCGGGAGCAUUUCUCUGGGGCGAAAUCAAUGAAGCUGGAGAAUCACGAACCGCCGGUGUGCCACGCCGGGGAAGACGAGGGCGACGAGCUCUUCGUGCCGCCGCUGAAUUUCGCGAUGGUUGAUCACGGCGUCUUCCGCUCCGGCUUCCCCGACACUGCUAACUUCGAUUUCCUGCAGACCCUCGGCCUCCGUUCGAUCAUAUGUUUGUGCCCUGAACCCUACCCUCAAGCUAAUGUUGAGUUCCUCAAUGCAAAUGGAAUCCGCCUUUUUCAGUUUGGCAUCGACGGAUCCAAGGAACCAUUUGUAAACAUCCCAGCAGACAUGAUUAGAGAAGCACUAAAAGUUGUCCUUGAUAAAAGAAACCAUCCACUGCUAAUCCAUUGCAAACGAGGAAAGCACAGGACUGGGUGCCUUGUGGGGUGCUUGAGAAAACUGCAGCGAUGGUGCCUCACUUCAAUCUUCGACGAGUACCAGAGAUUCGCUGCUGCAAAGGCUCGGGUGUCCGACUUGCGGUUCAUAGAGUCAUUCCACAUCUGCAGCUUCAGGCAGCCCCAGCCAUUGUUUCAUGCUCAGAGAGUUGAUGAAUGAAUUAGUGUGUGUGUGUGUACAUUUCAAGUGCCAUUCUUGGGCUGUGCUUUGACUGUUUUCUCCUUCUGAGGAGUGUAUUUGCCAAAUCUUUCAGGUGCUUCCUAUGUAACUAUAGAAAUUUUGCCCUUCUAUUGUUUAUUCCCUGUUAAAAAGUUUUCUUAAAGUUGAGCUCUUUCGAACCUUAUUUAACGAGCUUUUUGUAUGUAUGUUGGACUGUAUUCUGUAUAUAUAAUGUAUAAUAUUUAUAAGUUUUUUCCAUAA